UCGAUGGUACCGAUAGAAUGCACCCAUCUCUAACCGCUAAAGUGUCGAAAAUACAAUUUUGGCUUUUUUUUUUGUUUCCUAACGUAAACAAACCGGACAAAGACUGAACCAAUGGAGAAGGUGGAGGCGGUGACGGUACCCAAUGUGGAUGCAUAUCGACGGCUGCUGAACAAGGCGGUUUCCCAGUUGCUGGUGGACAAGGGCGCCGGCCAGGCGAGCCACCAGUGUCUGGAGACGCUUACCCAGAUGCUUCAGGCGCUGAUCGGGGAGAUUGGUAAUUCGGCGCACAACUACUGCGAACUGAGUGGACGCACCAUGCCCACCGUGGGCGAUGUCAGCCUGGCCCUGAUCAACAUGGGCAUCUCGAUCGCCAGCCUGGAUCCGUAUAUGCGCAAGGAGACGCACGCGGGCAUUCCCCUGCCGCCGCAGCAGACGCAACAGCGCCAACUCAGCCUGCUCCAGGCGGGCAGCAAGUCCUCGCAUCCGCACUAUGUGCCCAGCUACUUCCCGGCCAUGCCCGAUCCACACGCCUAUAUACGGACGCCCACGCACAAGCAGCCUGUGACGGAAUACGAGGCCAUUCGGGAGAAGGCCGCCUGCCAGAAGCGGGACAUCGAGAAGGCGCUCACCAAGUUCCUCUGCAAGACCACGGAGACAAACAACCUCUUCCCCACCGAAGACAACAUGUUUCCGCUAAUCGCCUGCAAGGCCGCCUUUCCUCCGUAUGCAGCCGCCUUGAAUCCCACGGAUCAGGUGUUUGACUUCGAGGAGCUGGAGUAUCACUACCUGGUGGCCAAUCGCACAGAGGAUGUGCCCAGCAAAGAGGACGGCGAAGAGGGCGACAGCGAGAACGAGGAGAUGGACGGCGACAAGUCUAAGGAGGAGAAGCCCGAGCUGGAGAUCAAGCCCAAUUCCACCACGAACAAGGCCAUUUUGGAGAACCCCAACAUAGAUAAUCCCUAUUUGCGAGCCGCCACCCUGCCCAAGCGUUCCAAAACGGGCCCGGCACCAGGAAUCAUGCCCAGCCGGAGUGUGGCCACUACGGCCCCAACGAUACCAACGCCCUCCACCCUAGAGAUAACCAAAAGUAGCGUCUAAGUGUAGCAUGCGGUUUUAACUAUUGAUAGACAAUUAAUACACUCCGGUUUUUAUAUAAAUUCUAAACUACAAAUUGAUCGA